AUGGGCCCAGUCAUGGAAGAAAGCUGUGGAGACCGCGGCGAGCUGGUGCGUGGAGACCGCGGCGAGCAUGUGCGUGGAGACCGAGCCAAGCGGGCGCGUGGAGACCGCGGCGAGCGGGUGCGUGGAGACCGCGGCGAGCGGGUGCGUGGAGACAGCGGCGAGCGGGCGCGAGGCUCAAGUGAAUGGUCGCACGAAAUGAGUGGCAGUAACUACAGCAAUGAUGGUACUUCAUCUGAUGCUGGAUUAUCAAAUAGUGUUGAUAAUAACACUCACUGCGCUGGUGAAGAUGAGGGUUGUGGUGGCAAGUUGAAGAGGUCCUGCAGUGCCCCAAUGAUCAAUCAGCUAUUACCUGGUGCUAAAAUAUCAGCACCUCAAUGUAAUGCUGCUACUGUGACCAGCCGACCAGAGACUUCUUCAGACUCCAGUGCUUCAGCCCAGUCAAGAGCUCGUCGUUUCAGCGCAUCUUUUGGCCCCGUUUCACCACAUUCACCCCUGGGAGGCAGCAGCACUGCGAGCGUGCCUGCUAGCAACAGUGGACGGUCGUGUAGCCGCAUGAGAGUGUGCCAGCUGAGAGAGGAGGAGGGCAUGGACGUGGUCAACAGGGAGGUGGCGCACGAGAGGGAGGUCCAGUCAAGUCUUCAGAUGGCCCGCACGCUAUCACAGUCCUGUGAAGAUCUUGUCAUCGAUGACGAUCCCCGUAAACGAGAGUCCCGCAUCCGUACUCUGGACUACUCAGACCCCUUGCACCUGAACAUUGGAUUCGCUGCGGCGUCCUUAUCAUCUGCCACGUCCCCUUGCCCUGGAGGCUCCGCGUCUCCCACACGCCCUGGGCGCCAGUGCUUCUCACCGUCCCUGCAGCAGUGCGUGCGCAACUCGCCCUUCACUCCGUCGCCCUCGAAGCGCCCACAACCCUUCAUGGCGCGACGGAGUUUGUCACCUAUAACACCGCGUUCGUCACCCCUGCGGACGGUGAAGAGGAAAUGCGAGAGCGGCGGCGAGGAGUUCGCUACGCCCAGCAAGAGGCUGUCUGUUGGAAGCGGCGGGGAAGGCGGGGGACUUCUCAUGACACAGCCCCACCGAUCUGAAGGCGGUGGUCUACGUCUCGGAUCUGCGUUUGGUCCUUCGUCAGCUACAGUUCCUCCAAAUUUCUCCGGUUCUUUUUCAUCUUUCAAGCAGUUCCUUCCGGCAAGCUCGCCAGGGAGCUCCUUGAAUGCGUUUUCUCCACAAAGCGAUGCCAGUACAUCCAAUAUCGAAACUACUUGUCACUUUAGCGGACAUUAUAGGAAUGAAAAUACUGAUCUUAAAAGUAAUUCUGAAAAUAAUGUACCUUUUAGUCCAUUCCAUGUUGGGGUAUCUGAGUCACAACAAUCGUUUCCUAAUUUCGGCAGCUCUGCAAAACCUCCAUCUCACGUUUCAACUAUGUUUGCAGGCAAUAAUUUGGUUAAGAAUCCAUUCAGUGUAACAUCAUCCUCCCAUUCCAGCAACAAUCAAUUUAUAGGACAGAGUGCGAAUGGCGGACGGCCUCUGAGUAAUCCAUUCCUCCAUGCUGGCAACAGCCCGCGACGCAACGGCGGUUUUCAGUGCAUCCCCUCUGACCAGAACCGCUGUUCAGAUAACAGCAAUCCGUUCAUGAGAACAAGUUCGGCUCCACGGAUAUCAAAUAUACCAUCGACGGGCAGCGCUCCAGCCAGUGCUGGCUCCUCGCCAGGCUCUCAACACCCACAUCUGUUUCGACCCGUGAGUCCUGCUGCUGUCAAUGCUGCGGCAGUUGGUACUGUGACGGACGCUCCUGUAGCAGCGGCUCCCAUACGUCCCAUAUCAGUGGACGAGAUGAUGACCGAGGAUAAUAAUCUAGCGCUACCUACGCAACAAGUACCAAUGGAUCACCAAGUUCAAUCUAACGAACAGAACCAGACUCCCCACCACCUAGCGUUACUACGGAGCAACUGCCCUGGAUCUUCUGACGUCAAUGUUGUCCAAGCCAGUGAAUCGGAAAGUCACAGUCGGAUUAGUUUAGACUCGAACAAAUCAUUUCAGGAAAUGGAUUUGUCUGAAGAUGUAGUUCAGACUUCUACUGGGAUGCUUCAUUAG